UAUAUAAGCUUAUGUUAGUAUUAUAGCGUUGGAAUAAAAUUGGAUUAGCUAGUUGUGAAGAAGGGUUCCUCUUAAUAGGGUUUGGUGUUUCUGAAUUUCUGAGAAAACAUUGUUCAACAUGCAACUAACACUGGAAUUCGGAGGGGGAUUGGAGCUUCUUUGUGACUCUAAGAAAAUUCACAAUGUCAAUGUUGAAAACCAAAAUGGAGAGGACAAGCUAACUAUGAAAGAUUUGCUUUCUUGGGUGCGGACCAACUUGAUUAAGGAGAGGCCUGAAAUGUUCAUGAAAGGAGAUACCGUGCGACCUGGAGUUCUUGUCCUUGUGAACGAUUGUGAUUGGGAGCUAUCUGGUCAGCUGAAUACAUCACUAGAAGAGAAAGAUGUGGUAGUUUUCAUAUCAACUUUGCAUGGUGGCUAAUCACUACUAUGGAAGAUCAUCAUCAUCAUCAUCAUCAUCAUCAUCAUCUAGUUGAUGAAGUAAUUGUUAUUGAUAUACAUACACGGUUUUUGAACUCAUUAGUGAACCAUUUACAUGAUAAGUAAAAUUUUGGCAUUCUAAUGGGGGAAUCCAUUUACUGUGCUAACUAUGCCAUAUGGGUUGAACAUUAUAUCCUUUUGUAUGACAUUGAGAAAGUAAUAUUUACUUUUUGUUCCAAGAGCACCUUGAUGAUGAA